AUGGCUGAGGCUUGGUUACCAAGAAUGUGUUUAUAUCAAGUCUUAUCAUUGUUCUUAGUAACUAUCAUCAAUUUCUGCAAUGCCACCGAUCUCUACAGACUUUUUGAUGAACAGACAUAUACUUCAUCCACACAAAACUUACCAGAAGCCCCUGGAAAAUGUAACUUCAGAAUAGGAAAUGGUAAAACACAUUCUGUUAGAUUAUAUAGAAGGUUCCAGUAUCCUGAUUCCAAAUUUUCUUGUUUACAUUUCCAUUGUACGUUAAAUGGUGAAGUAAAACUAAUGGUUAAAGUCAGUGGAUGCCUUGUUAAUGAUAAAUGUUUAAAAUUUGGUGAAACUUUUUCUGAUGAUCAAUGUAGAACAUGGACAUGUGGUAUAGACUACAAAUUAUGGUUAGAUUCCCAAAUCAUCAAAAUGGGUGUGUUUCUUGAGAGAAUGAAAACAAAAUGCUUAUUGAAUGAUAAAUGUCAUGAAAGAGGAACAGUUAUUGAGGAUAAAACAGACUGUAUAACUAAAAGAUGUACCAUAUAUGGCAGACCUUUAGAUAAAUGGAAAUUUGGUGCCUUACAAUACUGGAAGCCAAUAAAAGCCGAUUGUAAAAUAGAUGAUACUUGUUAUAAAUAUCAGACAGUAUACAAUGUGGGCUGUUCUACCUAUAAAUGUAACAGUAAGGUUAAACUUACUGUUAGAAAACUAAACGAUGGUAGAGAUGUUGUUGAUUAUUUAGUUGAAGGUGGUCCAGAAUUUGUUAAAAACGGUUGUAAGCGAUUUAAUAGUGCCGGUUGUUUAGAUGUAGGAGAUCAUACAAGAUUUGGACAAUGUAUAGAAUAUACGUGUAUGGAAAAUGGAGUAAAUAUGUUGACGCAAGAAGGAUGUCCGAAUGCUUUAACUGGUGAAUGUGGUCAAAUUGGAGAUGUUAUCAACCCAUUGCCUUGUAUAAAACUACAGUGUCAAAAAUCUGGAAAUACAUAUUAUUAUAAAUAUGACAACGAAGGAUGUUAUAAUGGUAGUAAUUGUACAGAUAUUGGUUAUGUAGGUUAUGAUCCGAAAUCUGAUUGUAGUAAAACAUGUCAAAAAGUUGUUAAAAAUGGUCUGAUACAAUAUAAAUUAGCAGGAGAUUGUUUGACAAAUAUUGGUAAAUGA